AAAAUGGGAGGCGGUGGCAAUAUGUCUGCUCCAACAGAACAAAAGAAAAAUCCUCUCGAAAGAGUGCCAAGUUCAAAGCCCCCUUUUACAGUUGGUGAUAUCAAGAAGGCUAUCCCUCCUCACUGCUUUCAUCGAUCUCUCAUUCGCUCCUCCUCCUACCUUGUUCAAGAUCUCGUGCUUGUCUCCGUCUUUUAUUAUAUUGCCACCACUUACUUCCACCUCCUUCCAUCACCGUAUUAUUACCUAGCGUGGCCUAUUUACUGGAUUUUUCAAGGUUGUGUUUGCACCGGAGUAUGGGUCAUUGCCCAUGAAUGUGGCCAUCAGGCCUUUUGUGAUUACCAGUGGAUAAAUGACACUGUCGGUUUUAUCUUCCACUCUGCACUUUUAACGCCAUACUUCUCAUGGAAAUAUAGUCAUCGUCGUCACCACUCCAACACUAAUUCCCUUGAGCAUGAUGAAAACCAUGUUCCAAAGGUUAAAACCAAACUUAGAUGGUACACCAAAUUAUACGUGAAUAAUCCACUAGGACGAUUAUUAUUAAUUGCCUUCACCCUCACUGCUGGCCUGCCUUUGUACUAUGCCAUCAAUAUAGCUGGUAGACCUUAUGAUCGCUUUGCAAGUCAUUAUGAUCCAUAUAGCCCGAUAUAUAAUGAUCGUGAGAGACUACAAAUCUACAUUUCAGAUGCAGGUCUGAUUGCAACUAUUUAUGUAUUGUAUCGCGUUGCUCUGACACAAGGGCUAACUUGGGUUGUAUGCAUCUAUGGGGUGCCCUUACUAAUUGUGAACGGGUUCAUCGUGUUAAUAACUUUAUUACACCACACACACGCUUCAUUGCCACAUUAUGAUUCAUCGGAGUGGGAUUGGCUAAGAGGAGCACUAGCUACGGUAGACAGAGACUAUGGUGUGCUAACUAAGGUGUUCCACAAUAUUACAGAUACACAUGUUGUGCAUCAUUUAUUCUCAAGUAUACCACAUUACCACGCGAUGGAGGCAACUAAAGCUGUGAGGCCAUUACUAGGAGAAUACUAUCAAUUUGAUGGAACUCCAUUUUACAAAGCAAUAUGGAGGGAUUUUGAGUGCAUCUACGUCGAGAAAGACGAUGAAGCAACUCAGGGAAAGGGUAUUUUCUGGUAUAAAAACAACUUCUAA